CGCAGCACCAGAGCACAUUUUGUUGCAAUGUACUGACUUCACCUUUGGCAGAUAAGGGGUUCAGCAAAAGAUUCUGACUAGAAGGCAAAUGCUAGAGGCAGGGGGAUGGAGAAGUGCAGAUCAGAAGGAACAGCUUCAGAGAACGGAACAGACAGUAGAUCUGCAACAAUUCUCUCUAUCACUUCGGUGCUGGCAUCACCUGCCAUCCUAUUCCACCAUUGGGUGCUAUCCAUCUACUCAGAGGCUGGAACCUGUUUCUCUGUUAAUUUGACUUUUACUCUUUUUCACUUUUCACUUUUUCUGCUUGAAAUGUUAUACUGACUUCCAAAAGUACUGUUUGGACUAUGCAAGUCUGGAUUAGUGGUGCAGCGUGUGUGUAACUUUAAGAAGCAGCAAAUAAGCCUGGCAACCCCACAGAAACCCCCCACUCUGCCGAAUGUCUGGGUCGCAUCUUCACCAAGUGGCAAGGAGCAUUCAUUCUAUCAUGGCAAGGGAUUUAAGGGUCUCUAUGAAUCAGGACUUAGAGGUUGAUAUUACACCCAGAGAACCCAAAAAGUUACCAAAACAAGCUCGAGAAGAUCCAACACUAACAAUUGACCGUACACAUCUACUGUCUGAGCAUAAGAAGCCAAGGCAAAGGUAUAUGGAAAAGGAUGGAAAGUGCAAUGUACACCAUGGCAAUGUCAAGGAAACCUACCGGUACUUUAGUGAUUUGUUUACUACCCUAGUGGAUCUCAAGUGGCACUUUAGCUUGUUUAUCUUUACACUUGUAUACACUGUCACCUGGCUUUUCUUUGGCCUUAUCUGGUGGCUCAUUGCAUAUAUCCGAGGAGAUCUGGACCACUUGGGCGACAAAAACUGGGUUCCAUGUGUAGAAAAUCUUAAUGGAUUUGUUUCUGCAUUUCUUUUUUCUAUUGAAACUGAAACUACAAUUGGUUAUGGCUAUCGGGUUAUCACAGAGAAAUGCCCUGAAGGAAUUGUUCUGCUUUUAGUUCAAGCCAUAUUGGGUUCAAUUGUUAAUGCCCUGAUGGUAGGUUGCAUGUUUGUAAAGAUUAGCCAGCCAAAGAAGCGUGCUGAGACACUUAUGUUCUCCAAUAAUGCAGUCAUUUCAUUAAGGGAUGGAAAACUAUGUUUAAUGUUCCGUGUUGGGGACCUCCGAAGUUCUCACAUUGUAGAAGCAUCAAUCCGGGCAAAACUUAUUAAAUCCAAGCAAACUAAAGAGGGUGAAUUUAUUCCACUUAAUCAGACUGAUAUCAACGUGGGCUUUGAUACAGGUGACGACCGUCUCUUUUUGGUCUCUCCUCUCAUCAUUUCACAUGAGAUUAAUGAGAAAAGCCCAUUCUGGGAAAUGUCUCGGACUCAGAUGGAUAUAGAAGAAUUUGAAAUUGUGGUUAUCCUAGAGGGCAUGGUGGAAGCAACAGGGAUGACAUGCCAAGCCCGAUGCUCGUAUGUGGACUCAGAAGUUCUUUGGGGACAUCGCUUCACCCCAGUCCUCACUUUGGAAAAAGGAUUUUAUGAAGUUGACUAUACCAGCUUUCAUGAUACCUAUGAGACACCUACACCAAGUUGUAGUGCCAAAGAGUUAGAUGAACUUCACCGUGGAGAACACCAUACCUAUACCUAUGCACAAAGGAAGAACAGUGCGCAGAAUGGGGCCCCUAGGUCAGAGGACUUAAACAUAAGGACACAGACAGACUGAAAUUUGGAAACAUUUCUAAACAUUUAUAUGCAAAACACUAGAGCAAUUUUUUUAUGUUCGCCUGUACUCAAUGUGUAAUACUGCAUAUUAAAGUAAAUCUUGAUGAAGGCCUUGGAUCAAUACUCAGUAAAAACAUUAUUUAUUAAAUCAGUUUGUAUAUAUUGGGAAAAGCAUUUAAGUAGUUCCUGUCCUAUUUUUUCAUUAUCUUAAUUGUUUAUAUAGCCACAGAUAACUGAUGGUUUAUUUACAUUGCAAACACUACAAAAAUGACAAGACUAACGAGUUAGCCAUUAAGCACAAGGAGCAGUGGAGGUCAGUGAUUAUAGUGGGUUUUCUCUAUGCAGGAGCAAUAUCUAUUGUAGCAGCCUAGAAUAUAAGUAGUCUCCUUACUAUAAUAGAGGUGUCCCCUUUUCAAUAUUUGUCCACAUGCACAAUUUAAGGGAACACAGACUUGUUUCUUACAGUACAUAAUUCCAAUUUGCAAUAUCCUCCGUAAUUCCAUGCUGUCUCAGAGCUUGUGUCAACACAUUGUUAAUAGUACAUGCUUAAUCAUUUAUAACCCCUGGUAUUUGGAAAAUACAAUAUAAAAGGUUCUCCACCUUAAACCUAAAGAGCUUUCUAUCUUUGUAAAGGAAAAAAUGUGAUUGAGAAAAAACAAGCAAGGCAAAAUUUAAGUGAGAGAAAGCAUUCACUUGCAUUUUUACCUUCUACCUUAUCCUCCUUAGUAUAAAUUUAAAACAUCAGACAUUUUAUUUUCCAAUAUUCCAUGAUUUAUGUAGAAAAGCUUAGAGGGUAAUGUAAUACAAAUUUGUAAGAGGUCUAGUAAAACAUAACAGCCAAGAAGGUGGUAUUGAGUAAAUUAUUACUCGGGUAUAUAAAACCUGAAUUUGUAUGUAACACAGCUGGCAUUUGGUGGGCUUCUUGUUAGCAUUUGCUUCCACUCCAGCAUUUUGUAUUUUUGUUGUCAAAUGUGCUUCAUACAUUUGGAAAUGAUAAGGUCACAUAUUAAUUAUAAAACUCCACCAUUUAAAUAUUGUGCCUUAAGUGUAAUAUACACGCCACAAUACAGCAUGAGUUUUAUUUAGUUCAUAUUUUUUGGUGUUAUUGUAGAGCACUAUUGUAUUAUGAGUAAGUGUGCUUUAAUGAUGUUAUUAAUUGUGCACUACCCACAUCUCUAAAUAUACACUGUUAUUGUGGGAAAGGACACAGUUCCUAUGGUAUCUGCCCCCCCCUUCCUCAUUGUAUCCCAUCCACCAAUACAAUAAAAACCUUUAUACUACAGAACUAGGCACCACAACUUUAAUUUGAUUUCUAUUUACUUUACAGGUUAAAACUGCUAUUUAUAUUAGCUGUCUAAAGGGAAUGUUGAAGCCAGAAGCCAUUGAUGAUAUGUGUUUUGUAAAAAAUACUUAUCCAUAGAUUAUUACUAAUGAAUACUGUGUGCCUGCUACUGGCCCACCAUAGAGUGCCUGAGAUAUCUGGCCAGGUUUAUAUGAUUAAUUAAAGUGACAUAGGUGUGGGUGGUGGAAAGAGCUAAUAGUUCCACUAUUGGAAAAACCACAGAAUAUGGUUGAUUAGACUGUAUCACUUGCUUGUAUCACUUAGAGGGGUGGAGAAGGAAUAUAACUAUGUGCUGUAGGAUCAGCUACAAUUUUUUACUGUUAUUUUUUUUUUAUACAAUGCUCUACACUAUCACAAUGCAAUGGUGUUUCUGAAAUAAACUUUGUUAAAACUCA